AUGACUGAUUCAACCAUGUCUCUCAAUGUGAUCAAUGUCACUCUGAAUAUGGACACAGUCAAUUUCCUUGGAAUCAGUAUUGUGGGUCAGUCAAACAAAGCAGGAGAUGGUGGCAUCUAUGUCGGAUCGAUCAUGCGCGGUGGGGCUGUGGCCCAAGACGGUCGUAUUGAACCCGGAGACAUGAUCCUCGAAGUCAAUCGAAUCAGUUUUGAAGACAUGAGUAAUGAUGAGGCGGUACGAGUGUUACGUGAAGAAGUCCAAAAGCCCGGGUAA